AUGUUUUCUUUCCUCACAAAAUCAACAGAAGAAGAGCCCCUCAUGCCCAACAAUGCUGUAGGACCCACUGCUCUGGGCUUGCCCAUCUUUAAGAAGCUCAAGAACCGCCGUGUCGUUCUCGCAUCCGCGAGCCCAAGGCGGAAGGACAUCUUUGCAACUGCUGGGUUCUACCCAGAGAUAGUGCCUUCAACAUUCGAGGAAAACCUUCCGCAUGCCAGGUUCCAAGGCCAUCUCGCCGACUAUCCCAUAUCAACUGGUGCUGAGAAGGCUAUGGAAGUCUACGAGCGUCUCGUCAAAGAGAGCCCCGAGAACCCACCCGAUCUGGUGAUCUCUGCCGACACUGUCGUCGUCUUUCCACCAGAGAAGGACACUGCGGAGGGCGGUGAUGCGCAUGGCGAGGUGUCUGAAAUUCUGGAAAAGCCGGUCAACAAGGAUGACCAGGCAAAAGUCUUGGGCUUGAUGUCUGGGAGGGACUGUGAGGUGAUUACUGGGGUAUCCAUUGUGUACCCCACGGUAGAGUACCCGGGUUUCAAGGUCCACUCCAUCUCCAACUCGAGUCUCAUCACGUUCUACGACAAUUCUCCUCAGACCAUCCAGGCUUACGUUGACUCGGAAGAGGGUCUGGACAGAGCUGGCGGUUUUGCUAUCCAGGGUCUUGGAGGUAUCUUGAUUGAAAAGGUGCAAGGCAACUAUGACAACUGUGUUGGCUUCCCUUCUGCUCCUUUCUGGCGCUGGCUCUCGGAGCUCGAUGCGGACGGUACUUUUGACGAGGCUUGGGAUAUUUGA